CCGUUUCUUAUUUUCUAAAAUUAAAUUAUUUGAUCUUAAUUGUUCGAAAAAUUUUUGCUGAGAAAACAAUUGAAAGAUAAACGAAAAAGAUGAAAUUGCUAUUUGUUUUUGCAAUUUUAGUUAUCACUGUCUAUGCAAAAGAUGAUUAUGGCGAAAAAGAAUUUGCAAAAAGAUUGCUUGAAGAUUGUGAGCAUCUUAAUCAAAAGACUUUAUCGCUUAUCGAAGACUAUGAACGUCAUCAAAAAGGUCAUUUAUUAGAAACGGUCAAACAUGAAGCCGAAAUGAUAAAACCACUAAUUGAUGAAUUGAAAAAAGACAGCGAAGAAACGGAUUCGUUGAAACAAAUAAGUCGAUUGCAUGUGAUUGAAGAACGAUCGUUUUAUCGGGAAAAUCGAAUCAGUGAAGAAAUGGAAAUUGUACAGGAAAUAAUCUUUGACUAUAAAAGUCGACAAAUGACUGUCGGACAAGUUAUCGAAAGAGCUAAGAUGUUGGUAGAAAUCGUCAGUGAAGCAUUGGAAAAUAAUCAAGUUACACAACGCAACCAAGAACCUGUUCAGUUCGAAUUGCAAUUGUUGAACAAAAUGAUAAAACUAUUAGAAACUGAAGACCAUAAUAUAAUCGCCGUAACCGAUGAAGAACGUUUGGCACGUAUUGAAAAGAGUCUGCAUCAAUUGAUAAAAAAUUUACAACCGAUACCUACUCCAACAACACCUGUUCCAACUACUACUGAACGAUCAACAACGGGAUCAUCAACGACUGAAUCCUCAACAACGGUAUCAUCAACAACCGAACCAUCAACGACUGAAUCAUCAACGACUGAAUCAUCAACAACAGGAUCACCAACAACAGGAUCAUCCACAACGGAAUCUUCAACGACUGAAUCAUCGACAACCGGAUCACCAACAACAGGAUCAUCCACAACGGAACCUUCAACGACUGAAUCAUCAACAACAGGAUCACCAACAACAGGAUCAUCCACAACGGGAUCUUCAACGACUGAAUCAUCAACGACUGAAUCAUCAACAACAGGAUCACCAACAACAGGAUCAUCCACAACGGGAUCUUCAACGACUGAAUCAUCGACAAGUACACGUAAAGAUGAAAAUCUUCAUACAACUGAAUCUCCUUAAUAUGAUUCGUAUAUAAAAAUCCAAUAAAGUUUUUUUAAACUGUUGUUAAACCAAAAA